CUUCACGAUGUGAUAUCUCACGGCAUUUCACAUCUUCCUCGGUCGUGACGCUAAAUGUCGCAUGAUCGCCAGCUCUGCUCGAUACGAAUGCGAUCAUGCGACAUUAGCUGCAUGACCGCGAAUAUCGUAAGAUCGUGAAGACAGACCCUCACGUGCUAAGAAAAAAAACAAACAAUUAUAUACCAUGUCGCAACGCAAAGAGAUAAGACCUAAAAGUUUAUUUCAUUUCAAUUUUUUAAUUACAAAUAAGUAUGUCUGUACACUUUAUACUCUGUGGAUAUUUAUCACAGUGUGAGAGAAUUCUUUUACGCCGUCAACACGGAGAUCGUAGUAUUUAUGACAGCGUGGUUUCAGCAUGGUGUAGAAAUCUAUAUCUUAUAGUGCGAUUUUUAUGUAGCUGCCUCUCAAGGCCUGUCUUGACGAUGGAAUAAGUCACGGCAUUUCGCGUCUUUCUAGGAUGUGCCGCUAGAUGUCGCAUUUUCACGACAGUAUCGAGUACACGGUGCUUGUGAUUGUGGAUUUCAGAAAAUUCGUGGUAGAUUCGUUCUACAGCAGAGAGAAUUUAAGUCCGAAUCCAAUUCAAUGCUUGUCAUUUGUUCGGUCGGUUGUGAAUUGGUAAAUGUUGGAUGCAAGGAGGUUGUAUUAUUAUAUGGUAUAGCGCAGGUAUAGCGAGUUUAAUCUCCUUGGAUGGAUGUUUGCCUUACGUUUGCCGGGGAAAUUGUUGAUGAAAUAUUAUUAUUCUUGAAGACGCGUGGAGUGCAGAUUUGUUACGGCAUAGACAGAAUACGAGUUGGAGAUAAGUGAUUUAGGGGUCACGGUGUCGACAGUACGUGUUGGAGAAGUGAGAUUUAGGGUUACAUAUCUUCUUUUUUGGUGUGAAUACUUCAGUAUGAGUAAAGCCCAUCCACCGGAACUGAAGAAAUUCAUGGACAAGAAACUAUCAUUAAAGCUUAAUGGAGGAAGGCAUGUAAGUGGAAUCUUGAGAGGGUUUGACCCGUUCAUGAAUUUGGUGGUUGAUGAAACUGUUGAAGAAUGUAAGGAUGGAGCGAAGAACAACAUUGGGAUGGUAGUAAGUACUUCUGCUUCUGUUGUAAAUGAGAAUUUGAUUAUUGAAAACCUUUCAUAUUGAAUAUUUCUUGCUAAAAUUCUGAACCAUUGAUAUGAUGUGAAUCCUUAUUAACUGUUCCAGGUGAUCAGAGGCAACAGUAUUAUUAUGCUGGAAGCACUAGAUAGGAUAUGAAACAUGAUAGCCUCUUAUUUCAAAUAUCUUGUCCAUCUUUAUAAUAAAAUACAAAUAAAAAGUUUGUCAUAAUAAAAUAAUUAUACUUCUGUAAUUUGGUUUUGUAUGUUUUUCCUGAAUAGUAUUAUCCUUUACCACUAUCCUUGUAGCACGUGUGUACAUUUAAUUUUCUCAACUAUGCAAG